AUGACUGGGUGGGGAUUUGCACACAAGUUCGAUCGCAACGUCCGCGGACACAGGCUGGAGGAUGGGCACAAGAAGACUAUCCAAGCCGCUGCCGCCAUCGCAGACCAACUUAGAUGGACUACAUCGCAGAUGAAGCCAGAGUACUGGCCUGACAAGGAGACAUUAGUAGCAAAGCAGUUUCUGAUGUCUAAUCUGGUGCAGCUCCAUCUGGUUUGCUACGAACCUCUGGAAGAGAUUCGAAAACACAUUAUCAAAGUUGAUCCUGAUCUCUUGGAUAAGAAGUUUAGAAAGGCAUGUUGGCAAAUGCCGCAACAAGCCCGAGACGAUGAAUCCCCAGUUGAGAGCCCCCUACCACCCGAUGAGGAGAAACAGAAGAAGCCAACCGACAAGUUCUCAAAGGACGAGGACUUCCGCAAAGAUCGACAGGAAAAGAUCAUGGCCAACCAGGGCGCAUACUUCGAUUACUUCGAGAAUGAUGGAGGUGACGAAGCGUUCACUUGGGGAGACGCGAUAAGAUCAGCCCUCAGGACGUGUGAUGCCGCCUACUUUGAAAUCGAUCGUCAUCACAGACUGCUCAAACAGCCGGAGAAGAAGUCGGGUUGGCGUUUGGACCGAAUGGAUGUUUUAUCCAAGAGGAGAGGCAUGCCGACCCGUUCAAAUCAGGAGUUGUUGAUCGAACUCGCUCUCAAUCAUGAGUUCGGAGGUCCUCCGUCUCCAAUCAGCCGGACAAUAAUGGCCAACUGGAAGACCGGAAACGACGUUCAGCGCGCUCUCAACAUCCACUUGGGGCGUUUCAUAAAGCAAGAACCUGACGGCGGCGCACCUACCGAGACACGUCACUGGACUACCGACUUCGCGCGCAAGUACAACCAUCCCCAUGCUGCCGAGCCUGCGAUGUUCUUCAUUUGCACGCACGAGUACAUCCGGCCAAAUCCCGCGCAGCCAAUCACAAAGUGGAUUGUUGGAGGCACCACGCCGCUUACAGGAGGAACAACGGUCUGGUUUCCUUGGGCUGACAAGUUUUACAAGGCUGUCAGAGAGCAAGGUCUUGGUAGCGACUUCGUUGCGAAGGUGAAGGCGGCCAAUGACGCGCAGAAAGAACAUGAACAACGACUGCUUGGCGACACGACAGACCUAACUAAGGAUCAACUAUUCGAGCAGAACCUGUCUGCUCGAAAAGUCGUCAUCAGCCAAUUGACGAACGACUCAACCCAUCAGAGGUACGUGGCUCGGAUUCGCUGCCAGGGCCUAGCGAUCAACAGUUUCAUGCAGCCAGUCCAAUGCUGUUAUCGUUGCCAAUGCAACUACCAGUACACAGUACUGAGCACACACAUGACACCAUCUACAGACUACGAGCCGACUAUCGAUCACUUGAAGAAAUACGACUGGGGCAGGCAUUGCCCAUGGUUUCAUCAGUGCGCCGAGGCACUUGCAGCCUGUCAGUGCUUCGCCUUCGAUGAUGCACAGAACGACGCCAACCGACCCCAGUCUCCCAGAGUGGCCGACCUGAAAGGAAAGUCUCUCAAGAAAAAGAAGAGCACCCACCUUUUUUAG